AAAGCUAGUCAAGAUGUUCGAUUGUUGUUUAAGUUUGUUUACUGUUUACGGUAUUAAUGUGUUUUUACUUUUUUACACAAAUGUGGAAUUUUAAUUUGAGUAUUUGGUUGACCUAAGUGUUGAUAUAACUUAAAUGCCUCAGUUAGGAAAUACCGCGACGCAGUAUUCAGUCGACUCAACGUCGCCCCUGCUUAAUUUUUCGUCUUUAAUGCCUACGUUGACGGGACACGAGAAAAAUACUAAUCCAAACGUGAUUCCCGUUGGUUCAUCGCCAGUCCACUCCGGAAUUCAUGGUGUACCUUUGCAGCAUUCAUUGCCACCAAUCCGCAACAAAAUGCACGCCAGCGUUGUACCGUCGAAUACAGGUCAGCAAUCAUCGCAGAAUUUUCAAAGGUUAAAAGUAGAAGACGCGUUAUCGUAUUUGGACCAAGUGAAGUACAAGUUCGGCAGCCAACCUCAAGUCUACAAUGACUUCCUCGAUAUUAUGAAAGAAUUCAAAUCGCAAAGUAUCGAUACGCCCGGAGUUAUAACGAGAGUCUCGAACUUAUUCAAAGGACAUCCGGAGUUGAUCGUAGGUUUCAAUACAUUCCUACCUCCUGGCUACAAGAUCGAAGUACAGUCCAGCGAUUCCGGCGGUUAUUCAUUCCAAGUGUCGGUAAGCAUACAAAGCCCAUCUUCUUCAACUUCUACUCUGGUACCGUCUACGCAUACUGUAUUGCACACUUCUACCGUAUCGAAUAUCACAUCGACUGUUACGACUACAGCGAGUCCAUUGUUAACUGGUAGCACGUUGUCGAUAGUAACGCCUGUGUUGAGUGCACCGAUUACUAUUACGUCCGGCAGUGGUAGCAGUGGCGGUAACGGAUCAUCUAUACCUAUACCGAACUCGGUUACCAAUAAUAACGUGCAAACCACGCCGAAUAAUGUCGCUCCGACUAACUCCAUUCCGUCGCCUAAGUUUAAUCAAAAUCAAGCUCAUCAAGCCGUAACGCAGGCUUUAAUACAAGUCGAAUCCGGUAUGGCCAAUCAACCCGUACCGCAAAAUCAGCCAGUCGAAUUCAAUCACGCAAUCAACUAUGUAAACAAGAUUAAAAAUCGAUUCCAAGGUCAGCCCGAUAAGUAUAAACGUUUUCUGGAAAUAUUACAUACGUAUCAAAAAGAGCAACGAAAUUUGAAAGAGAAUCAAGUCACUUGUCCCGGUUCCGGUAAAACUCUCACCGAAACCGAGGUCUAUUCGCAAGUCGCGAAACUAUUCGAAAACCAAGAAGAUUUAUUGGCCGAAUUCGGACAGUUUUUACCCGAUGCGUCGUCCCAUCAGUCUACGUUCAACAUGAAAAAUAACGAUCAUUCGUUCAAUUCGCGUAAACCGCCGGUAAACGCGAAACCAUCUUUCAACAACACUGUCGUGAGUAACAAUUGUACGUCUAGCAAUAGUACCAAGUUUACGAAUAACAAUACCGUACCGUCGGUCACGUCAACCACCAACUCCGGUUUGCUGAAAAGAUCGUCAUCGAUGUCGAAUAGCCAUUCGAGCGUCUCUUCGAUGCAGCCCGUCGUUAAGAAACACAAAUCUCCGUCUUCGCUGCGCGACGUCUCAGUAACCGAAGCCGGUAAAUAUGGUACUUUGAACGAUUUCGCCUUUUUCGACCGUAUUCGCAAAACCAUCCAUAAUAACGAAAUGUACCGAAAUUUUCUGCGCUGCUUGAUGAUCUUCAAUAACGAAAUAAUUAACGAAAGCGAGCUUCUGCAACUGACCACGCCGUUUUUAAACUCUCAUCCGGAGUUAUUAAGGUGGUUCAAGGAGUUCAUCGGACAGACGGAUGCGCCACCAGUACCGACGACCAAUAAUUACAAAGAAGAGCAGAAAACUUCCAACCAAGUACAACAUUCUUUUCUCGAUCAAGUACACAAUAACGCUGUUCGUUCAGAAAACUGCAUAGAUAUCGAUUACAGUACGUGUAAACGUAUCGGCGCCAGUUACUGUGCCGUUCCGGAGCAUUUCGAUCCGCCCAAAUGCAGCGGACGAACUGAUCUAUGCAGAGAAGUGCUAAACGAUACGUGGGUAUCGUUUCCUACCUGGUCCGAAGACUCGACUUUCGUAUCGUCGCGUAAAACCCAGUACGAAGAGUAUAUUUAUCGUUGCGAGGACGAACGAUUCGAAUUAGACGUUGUGAUCGAAACAAACGCCGCCACCGUGCGUGUUUUUGACGGCGUGCAGAAGAAGUUGAGCAGAUUGUCGCCCGAAGAAAUAGCCAAGUAUAGAUUAGACGAUUGUCUGGGUGGUACGUCGCCGUCCAUACAUCAGCGCGCCAUCAAACGUAUAUACGGCGAUAAAGCUCAAGAUAUUAUCGAAGGCCUGAAAAAGAAUCCAGCUGCUGCAAUUCCAGUCGUACUUAAACGACUCAAAGCUAAAGAAGAAGAAUGGCGAGAAGCGCAAAAAGGUUUCAAUAAAAUAUGGCGCGAACAAAACGAGAAAUUCUACCUGAAAUCGCUGGAUCACCAAGGUAUGAAUUUCAAACAAAACGACAUGAAGUAUUUACGCUCGAAAUCACUCAUGAACGAAAUCGAAGCGUUAUUUGACGAUAGGCACGAGCACGCCGACGAAAACACGCCGCCAGCUAGCGGACCUCAUAUGGUACUACCGUAUAGAGACAAGAGCGUCUUAGACGAUGCCGCCAAUUUGCUCAUACAUCACGUUAAACGUCAAACUGGUAUACACAAAGAGGAUAAGCAGAAAAUCAAACUGUUAAUCAGACAAUUCAUACCAGACUUGUUCCAUCAUCCCAGACAAGAACUCAGUGACGACGAACGAGAAGAGUUGGAAGAGAAAACGCUCAAGAAAGCCUCGCCGACAGAAGAACUGGAUAAAGAAGAAGAUCCCGUCAAAACUCCUACGUCCGUCGACAAAAAUGACAUAAACGCCGAAAAUGUAAAAAUACCAUUUCACGCCGUAUCCUGUCAUCCGGACGAAUACUACACGUUAUUUUUCGCCGAUAAUCACUGGUACCUAUUUCUGCGACUUCAUCAAAUACUUUGCGACAGAUUAUCAAAAAUGUACGAGAAAGCUAAUAUCAUAGCUAAACAAGAAUCCAGCGGCAAAGAGAAUCGUAAAGAAUCGACCGCCAUAUCGCUGAGACUGAAACCGAAACCAGAAAUCGAAGUAGAAGAGUACUAUACGGCCAUGUUAGAUAUGGUGAAAAAUGUCCUAGACGGUAACAUGGAUUCGAACACAUACGAAGACACUCUGCGAGAAAUGUUCGGUAUACACGCUUACGUCGCAUUUACCUUAGACAAAGUCGUCUCGCACGCCGUUCGACAACUGCAAUAUCUAGUAACCGACGAAACUUGCCAAGAUUGCUACGAUUUGUACAUAAAAGAAAGUAAGAAAAAAGGCACCGGAGGACCCUGCAUUACCGCUUACCAAAGAACCACCGCCGAAGCCAAUUACCAAAAGAAGAUCGAGUCCAUGUCCAUGGAAUCCUGUUUUAAAAUAUUCAUCUAUAAAAUCGACUGCAAAAUCACCAUCGAAUGCUUGGAUACCGACGGUGAUAACGAAGAUAAUCAGGAGAACGAAAAGUGGAAUAAUUUCCAAGAAAACGAAAAUCGUUCCGAGACGUUCAAAUAGUUAGAACUUUUUCGUCGUUUUCUUUGUUAAUGUUGGUCUUUACGUGGUUGUGAAUAUUUUGAGCAUUUUUCCUCCUCCUGUUGAGUCUUUUCUCUUUCUUUUUUUUACUUGUACAUUCGUCGUAUUACUUUCUUCUCUUCUUCUUCGUUUUUUUUUUAAACUUGUAAAUAUUGUUGUUCGCGCGCGUUGAACUCGUUCAUCGAAAUACUAUAAUUUUUUCAAUGCCUUCAUGUAUUUGGUCAUCGCUGUUCGUCAUCAUAUCAACAAAUUUUGUAAUAUAUUAUGUCAAAUACCUGCCUCUGAUGGGAAAUUUCAUUUAUCGGUAACCUUAUUUAAAUCAAAUUGAAGCCACUGAAGAAAUUAAAAAAUUCAGAACACUUCUGCUACUGCUGAUUGAUUCUCGUGGUUGAAAUUGUAAAAUCCGAAAAUACGGUAAUUACUGCGAAGUCAUUAAGGCGAAAUAUGCGGAAUGAAAUUUUAUUAUAUUAUUAGUAAUUAAUUAGGCGAUUGCUCCGAAGCUACGUAUUCGUUUGUACGUUAUGUAGUUUAAAACAAUACGGAAAUGUUUAUGAUGUUUUAAUUUACUGAAGAACAAAUAAUAUUUAUUGAAUGACCAACUAUUAAUAGGUCGCAGAUUCGGGUAAAAUUAAAAAGAACGAAAUUAUCAUGUAUUUUGUCAAGUAUCGUGCCUUCUGAUCGAACCAUCUUCUUAACGUUGAAUUGUUCAGACAUUGGAGAUCAUUGUUUUAAGCACAAAUGCUUCUCAUUUUCAUCAUUUUCUUUUUUUGAGAAGUAAUUCUUUGCUAAUAAACCAGCUGCAUUACUAAUCGUCGAAUCCGCGCCUGUUGCAUAAUAUAAGAUGUACAUUUUACUUGAAAAAAUGUAGAUAAAUUAGUCAACAUAUUUUUUGUACCUUGUUUGCAAUCGCUUAUGUUGUAUUUUGUCUCUUAAUUUAUAUUAUUUUGUCAAUCAUUUGUAAGAAAUGUAUAUUUAUUUGAUUAAAAUUAUUAUUUCAUUUGAACUGUUAUCGCUUACGAAGAUAUUCCCUUCUAGAUUCGAUUGGUUCCUCGGAGGAUCUUAAAAAGUUUAAUUAAUGUGUAAUUUGUUUUAAAAAAUUUUACAAAAGGCAUAAAAAAAACUGUGUAUAUGGACAAAGUUAUUUAUUAGCAUAUAAUGUGUUGUUAAUAGCACCUAUAUAUAGCGAAGAAAAAAAAAGUAUAUUUGUAUAAUAUGUGUAUUGAGAUUUAUGUUAUAUGUUAAAAAAACUUUGUUAAGGAUUGUUCGUUGAAAUUCUUGAAAAUUCCGAAACUAAAUGUGAUGUUUUUUUAGAAUACUUUUUGAGAUCCUUUUUACCAUAACUCGUAUGUUAUUUUAUAAGGUUUUGUAAAGUUACUUCUAAUGUUUAAUUUUUGCGGAUAGUUUUUUCUUCAAAUAUGUCACUUUUUUUAAAAUAGACAAUUUUCAUAAUCACUGUCUGUAUUUAAAUUUGAAGAAAUUUAAAAACAUUUCUAGAUGACGAUUCAUUUUCGUUGAUUAUUUUUCAUGUUGGUAAUAAUUGUAGCAUCAUUAUUUAAAUUGUAUUUUUUUUCUAAUUUUAAUUUUGUAACUUAAAUUUUCUCUUUUUUCAUGUAAUUGAAAUUUUUUCUUAGGAAUGUAGAUUCUGAGCGUUUUUAUGAAGCUUCCAUUUAAAAAUUUUAACAAUGUAUACAUGAAGUAAUGAUUCUGUUAAAUAUUUAUUUUAAUUAUAGAAAUAUAUUAAUUGAAAAUAAUUAUUUUGUUACCGUUUUUAUUUUGAAUUUUUAUGUAAUAUGUUGAGGUGAGAUACUUCAUUAUUAUUGUCCUAAACUGAAGCUUCUCUUGUGAAAGUAAAAAUGAUCAUAGUCAAAAUCCUUGAUAAAAUGUCAAAAUUUGUUUUUGUCCCUAGCUGUUUUGUAUUGUGCGUCAUUCGCAUUACCUAUUUCAAAUUUUAUGACAUAUUUUGACUGUGAUCAUGUUCAUUACUCUUGAAUUACGAAUGAACAUAUUUCAGAAAAAAAUUUCCAUCACGAGUUGAUGAAAUCAUGUGUUCAUUUUUUACUUGGUUCAAAUUUUGAAAUUCAAUACUUGAGAAAUUAUUUCACGUGCAAAAUAUUAGAAAAUUUAAGACCUGAAUUAAGAGUACGUUCAUUUUAGAUAUUUGGGUUGAAUUUAAAUUGAUGGUGCCAAUAAAAAUGAAAUUACUCUUACAGUCUUACAUAUCAUUGCAAUAAACUUUGAAUAAUUCAUACUUAUUAAUAAAUUAUCUAUUAAUAUGUUCUCGAAGAAUUGCCGUUGAAGAAAAUCAAAUUUUUAUCUAAUAAGUAAAUAUUUAACAGUAAGACAAAUCCUACGACAGUUGACUUUUUUAAAUGAUCGAUUAGGAGAUGAAAAUAAUCGUCGUUAUGUGUUAAUAAAGAUUUUGUGAUUAUUGA